AUUAAUUAAUAUACAAGUCUUUGAAAGUACGCCUGUAUGUAUUUGAGUGGCAUACAAAUAAUGCAGAGGUAGAAGCCUAUUGUAGUAGUACAAAUUAAGUACAAUAAGUUGUAUGAAACUAAACUAUGUUUUAGUGCAAAUCCUGUGAGAUUGUACUCAUUGAAUGAAGCAACAAAAGGGUACACUGCAGAUAUAGUGCAGCAGAAUCACAAGCAGAAUGAAUGAUAUUCAGUGGUGGAGAUAACUUGUAAUUUAUAACCAAAAAUUGUAUCAUUCAUACUUACAUCCAUAAUGUCCCCAUUGCAUAACAACAUUUUCAUUUCUUUAACCACAUAACAUUUUUUCAAUUGGUUUAUUCAUUGCUCAGUAUGAACCAAGAUUAACAAAAAAUAUCUAUUAUCGUAUUAAAUGCAUAACUGAUUAUCGAGAAUCCUUUGGAACCAUUAAGAAUGUUAUCAAAAUCAAUUAGAUUUGGAUGAAAUCAACAAAAUUCAUAUAUUUUAAAACGAUUAAAUUUAAUAGUUAACCAAUAACUAAAUAAAGACUGCUAAAGAAAUGAUAAACUCAACAAAUAAAAGAAACCAAUCUCCUCUGUAUUUCAAAGUUAAAUUAGUAUAAUUUUUGAAACUAUCCCUAAUUAUCAAACAUGACCUCAGAGAACUAGAAGGACAUACUAACUGCUCUAUAAUUAUUACUGUAUGUGCACGCUACGUUAAUAAUAGCAUAAAAUUUUAAACACGAAACCACUUCGGAUUGUAUAUAUAGGAUCUCAACUUAUUCUCAUCUCUUAUUCCCAUUUCUUCAAUCGUUUCAAAAACAUGGACCAUUACAAGGGUAAAAUUGUUGUUGUUACAGGAGCAAGUUCAGGAAUUGGAGCUGCUGUAACAAAAAUGUUACUCAAGAAUGGAAUGAAGGUUGUUGGAUUAGCUCGCCGAAAAGAAAGAAUCGAACAACUUUGUGCAAAAGAACCAUCUUUAAAAAAAAAUUUAUGCGCUUUGAAAGUUGAUAUAACCAGUGAAAAAGAAAUUGUGGAUGCAUUUAAAUGGAUUACUCAGAAUGUGGGUCCGUUAAGUGUCUUGGUGAAUAAUGCUGGAAUUGUAAGACCUGGAUCGAUUAUUAAUGGUGAAAUGAAAGAUUUUAAAUCGAUUAUGGACACAAAUGUAAUGGGGGCAACUGUAGCUGCACGCGAGGCAGUUUCCAUAAUAAAAAAAUGUAAUAUUGUUGAUGGUUACAUCAUUAAUAUUAAUAGCGUCGCUGGGCUGAGCGUUUUCAAAACUCCAUUAAUGGAUAUGGCUUUUUAUCAAGCUUCCAAAUUUGCUUUGAAUGCUUUGAGCAAAGCUCUACGGUUAGAAUUGCAACAUUGUGGACUAAAAAUAAGAACAUGCAACGUGAGUCCAGGAUUUGUUGAUACAGAGAUUGUUAGCCACGCUAUGGAUGCGGAACAAUAUAAACAAUUUUUGGAACAAAAUCCCUCUUUGGCAAGCGAAGACCUAGCGCAAGCUAUUUGUUAUUUGUUGAGUACGCGUCCAAUUGUUGAAAUUACAGAGUUAACAAUAAAACCACUCGGAGAAAAUUUUUGAAUUUUUAUACUGAUUUGUACAAUUUGAUUAUUUUUUU